AUGUCGAUACUAUCAAAUUUAAUCCCAGCAGGCGCACUUCCAAAAUGGAUGCUUCUGGUAGCUAUUACCGCGGUUGCGAAUACUAUACAAAAUUUAAUGACGUUAGAGUUGACGAAACGUGUGUACAAUGCUCAACCGGAGGAAGUAACAUCUUUAUCAUCACGAACUUUUGCGAUCUGGACAUUUACAAGCGGUGUGGUUCGGUUCUAUGCUGCGUAUAAUUUAAACAACAAAGUAAUCUACCAAAUAGCGAUUUGGACAUACAUAAUUGCAUUAGCGCACUUUCUUUCGGAGUACUUUGUGUUUGGCACAUCGAAUAUUGGACCGGGGUGGGUGGCUCCUGUCUGUGUUGCUAGUGUUUCGCUUAUUUGGAUGACUGCUCAAUAUGACUAUUAUACAAAUACUAGUAAUAAUGUUACGAUGAAAAAAGAAUGA